UUUUUCAACUCUUCCAAUUUAAAUUUUAAAAAUCUCAAUAAUAAUUAUAAUGGUUGAUAAUAAACUUUUAUCAAAAUUAUCUCAAAAUUUGCUUGAAGUUUUAAAUGAUGAAGAAUAUUAUGAUAUUACUAUUGAAGUUGGUAAUGAUCCUUAUAUAAAAAUAUUUCGAGCGCAUAUCGUUAUUUUAAAUUAUCGUUCCCCUUAUUUGAAAAGAAUUUUGUCAACUAAUAAAAAGAAAAAUGAUGGAACUUUGACGCACGUUAAAUUAUCAAAUGUUUCGCCGGAAAUUUUUCAAGUAAUUUUAAGGUAUAUUUAUGGGGGAAGAAUUCCUUUGGAGGAAUGUGAUACUUCAGAUAUAAUUAAAAUUUUGGACGCCGCUAAUAUAUUGAGUCUUCAAGAAUUAAUCAUUUAUUUACAAUCCUUUUUAAUUGAAAAUAAAACGAAAUGGAUGGAAGAAAAUUUUGAUUUAAUAUAUCGAACAAGUUUCGAAAAUAAUACUUUCUUAGAACUUCAAAAAUAUUGUACUGAUUUAAUAUCAAAAGAACCAGCUAAAAUAUUCAAAUCACCAAAUAUUUCUUCAAUUCCAGAAAAACUUUUAAUUUCUAUUAUUCAAAAUGAUUAUCUUCAAAUGAACGAAGUUCAAAUUUGGGAUCAAUUGAUUAAAUGGGGACUCGCUCAACAUCCUGAACUUCCCUCUGAUUUUACAAAUUAUUCAAAAAAUGAUUUUAAAACUUUAAAGAAUACCAUACAACAAUGUAUCCCAUUUAUUAGAUUUUAUAAUUUAUCAUCUAAAGAAUUUACGGAUAACGUAUUACCUUAUAGAAAACUUUUACCAAAGGAAUUAUAUGAAGAUUUAUUGAAAACUUUUUUGACCCUUUCAGAUCCUAAUAGUAAACCAGAAAAUAAAUCAAGACCUCGUAUAAUUAAUGACAUUAAGUUAAGUUUACCAAAUUAUGAGAAUGUUAGUGAUCAAGUUGAAAAUAAUAAAUCUAUGGUUAAUAUGACUUCUUAUAAUUGGAAAGUCACUGAAGAAGAUAGUAAAAAACGGGAAGAACUUAGAAAAUCGAAAGAAAUAUUAAAAGAAAAACUUAAUAAGUUGAGACAUUCAAUGUUGAAAAACCCCACCGAAGAACAAAGCAAAUGGUGGGAAGUAGUUACCGAAGAACCUAAAAAAUGGGAUGAACCUACCGAAGAACAAAACAAUUGGUUGGAAGAAGAACCUAAAAAAUGGGAAGAACCUACCAAAGAACAAAAUGAGUGGUGGGAACCUACCGAAAAGUGGGUGAAAUCUGCCAAAAGCUCUAAUGAAAAGUGGGUGAAACCUUUCAAAAGCCCUAAUGAAAAGUGGGUGAAAUCUGCCAAAAACCCUAAUGAAAAGUGGGUGAAAUCUGCCAAAAACCCCAAUGAAAAGUGGGUGUCUACUAAAAAGUGGGUGAAACCUACCGUCGAAAAACCUAAAAGAGGGGUGGAACCUACCGAAAAAUCUAAAACUCUGGUUGAAGAAACGUGGUGGUAAGAACCUACUGAAGAACAUAAAAAGCGGGAAUAUAAUGGUGCCGAAGAAUUAAAAAAUCGGGAUAAAACUAAAAAGCGGAAUGGCCUAAAACUACUAAAGGAUCUUGGGAUGAAUCACAGAAACAUAUAUGUUCGAUAUUUGCAUUCGGAGAGUGAUAUAGAUCUCAGGUUAAAAUGAGAAUUUAUAUUUUGAAAAUUAAAAAUUCGGACAAGAAUUUUCUUAUACACUGUAAUUAUUGUUGUAAUUUGUAGUGCUUGUAAUGAUUAAAAAUGACAUAAUCUUUAUAGCUCUCUUUAACUAUUUAUAUACUAAAAUUACGCAAUAAAUAAAGAAUAUUUUUUA